AUUCUUCAUAAAAUCUUUGUUUAUGUUUAGUCAAUUUUUGGUUGUUGUCGAUUUGUCAUCAUUUUGUUUGGAAUCAUUUUGUCUUUUUUUCCUUAAUUUGGUUUAAAUUGUUGCUCAAUUAUGUCUUCACCUCCUUUGGAUCUUCCAACUGACCAACCUGCUGUUUCCAAACCUGACGAGGCUCCAUUACCUCCUGAAGAAGAUGAAGGAAAUGGAGAAAAUUCAAUAACAACACCAGAGAAAAUGAAUGAUGAAGAGUCUCCUUUACCAUCGGAGGAGAAAAUAGAUGAACCAUCUCCUGUAUCACCAGAAAUGGAAGUUGAUGGAGAGAAUAGUAAAAUGUCUGAUGAUAUUGAUGCAUCAGCUUCAGAUUCGGCCACUUGUCAAGGUGGACAGUCAAGAGAUCCCGACUCACCUGAACGAGAAUUCAAACCAUUGACAGAUUUCUUGGUACAAUUAGAAGAUUAUACACCGACCAUUCCUGAUGCAGUUACCACUCAUUAUUUGAAUACUUCUGGUUUCGAGACAUCAGAUAAACGUAUAAUUAGAUUAAUUUCCCUAUCAGCUCAAAAAUUCAUCUCUGAUAUCGUCAAUGAUGCACUUCAACAUUGCAAAAUGCGUUCAGCGUCCAAAAAAAUCACCAAAGAUAAACGAUAUACAUUAACCAUGGAAGAUCUAAUACCCGCUGUGGCUGAUUAUGGAAUUAAUAUCAAGAAACCUUUUUAUUUCAAUUAACCAACUAUUUCUCUCUCUCUCUCACUUCUCACUCUCCUCUUUCUAAAUUCUUUACAUCUAAAUAAUUAUUCAAACCAAUCUCUAAAUAAAUUGAUUACUCAAUAA